AUGAGUUCUAAAGGUGUUCGUAAAGAUUCUGUCUGUCUCUGUGUUGUCUGCUGCGAAGACGUCGAGUUCUACGCCGUUGGAUCCUGUGAUCAUCCAGUCUGCCAUAAGUGUUGUGUUCGAAUGCGUGUCCUUUGCAAAGAGACCUACUGUCCAAUUUGUCGCGCUGAUCUGAUUCAGGUAAAAGGGUUCUUAAGAAACAAAAAUACUUAAAUGUAGCAGGAUUUAACGUUAGGCUCAAAUAUUUAUUGUAAGAGGCUGUGUUUAAAAAAACAAAUCGUUUUGUUUACCACCUAGAAUUUAUCUUUCGCUGGGGCUUUUUUACAGGUACAGUGUAGCAACAAAUAAAUAUGAUGGGAAAGUAUCCUGGAAAGGAAAUCAGAAAAGCGAUUGUGGUUCCUUUUUGUUACUAAUUGAGCUGGUUCUAAAGUUUUUGUAUUUUUGCCGCGACAUCAUUUUGGACCCGCGUGUUAAAAUAUGCUGAUUAGUAUUUUAUUUUUAUAAAAGUUCAUUCAUUCUUAAAGUAUGGCCUCUUAUGUUGUGAGUGUAGCUUGUAUGUAUUUCCUCCCGUGUGUUACGUUAAGUGAUAUUAUGUACAAUGUACAGUCAUGUAUUUUGCUGUAAUGCUGGCAGGAAACAUUCCCUUUUUAUCCCCCUCAAGGAAGUGGAGAUGGAUUAAAAAAUGGGCUGUGUUGCCGUUGUGUUUGCUUUUUUCUCUAAACUGUAUUAUUAUUUUUUGAUGCUUAGGUAUUCCUAACUCGUGAAAAAACCAGUUAUGACAAGCUUCUUGCAAGAAGGAACUCCUUUGUUAGUGACAAGCGUCCGGGGAUUCUCUACCAGAAUAAGGAAAUCAAAGCAAGUGUAAAACAGCUUAUGGAGCAUCGCUGCCCAUUCUGCCCAAAUCGUGCACCAGAAAGGUAUUUUGAACGUCUACGGGACCAUGUGAAAAGGGAGCAUGGAAAAUUUUAUUGUGAUCUUUGCGUCGCUCAUUUACGGAAGUUCAGUUUUGAGUUCAAAGCAUACACUCGAUCAGAUUUGGCCACACAUCGAAGAAUUGGCGACAAAGAUGACAAAUCGCACAAGGGGCAUCCCCUAUGUGAGUUUUGUGAUGAGCGCUUCUUGGAUAAUGACGAGCUGCACAAACAUCUACGAAAGGAUCAUUUUUGGUGUCAUUUCUGUGAGCGUGACGGCAGUCAGGAUUACUUUCCCAACUAUCAAAACCUCCGCAUCCACUUUCGUGAUUUCCAUUUCCUUUGUGAAGAGGGAGACUGUGUUAAUGAAAAGUUCACCUCAGUCUUUCGUACAAAGGUUGAUUUUCAAGCCCAUCGUGCUGCAAAGCAUUCUGGGAACUUAUCAAAGGCACAGGCUCGUCAAGCUCGUCAACUUGAAGUGGACAUUACAUUUGCUCCUCGUCCAAGACCUCAGGCCAAUCAAGGUGCCAUUAUAACUGGCAGAGAUUAUGCUGAGGUUAGGGCCUCAGAGCAGAGAAUUAGAAAAAGAGAUAAAGGAGUUAAUAGAGGAAGUGCUUCUGCAGAUAACAGGUGUGUAAAGAUCUCACUCUUAUCAGGCCCACUGAUAGUGUGUGAUAAAUGUGUGAAAUUCCCAGAAAAUCACAUUAUAAGGCAAAAGAAGGUCUAGUUUACAGCAAUUCAAGCAUUUUUCCUGGAGUAGAUUCAGCGUAAGACACUUACUGUCAUUAAAUUCACAAUGACACUAGAAAGUUUUGGAGGUUCACUUCUACGUGUCCUUGCCUUGAAGUAUAUAUGGCAGUGCUGUUGGUAAGGGCAGUAACCCAGCUGAGGUCUCAUGGGUGAUCAAAGUGGAAAACUUACCUUACAAGCAGAGACUCUUCUUUCACAAUAGAUGUGUGCAAAAAGUAGCCUCUGCUGACAACUGUCCCAUUUUCUAUGGUGCAUGAAUGACUUUGCUCACUCCAUUUUAGACCAUACAUACAAAGUAAUGCGCUCAGUUCCUUAUGUUUCUAUUUCUUUUGAAGUAAAUAGCCGUGAAUGCAGAUGUUUAAAACAUAAGUUAUUCGAGUGUAUAAAAUAAGAAAGGUUAGCAUUUAACUUAGUGAGGGAAAACAACUGCCGUUGAAAUGUAACCGCAACUCCUAUAUGAAGAUGCUGUUGCAAUAAGUCACUAAAAAAUGUGAGCUUCAUCCAUCUUGCAAAGCAAGCACACUGAGUAAACUUGGCACAACAUCAAAUCAAGCUGACACAAUAGCCAAACCAGUCUAGAGCUGGUUAGGAGCCAGAAUUAGCUUAUGUUAUCCGCACUGUUCAGUCAUGGUUGCAUUGAAAGUGCAGCUUAGUUUGCCUAUCAUAUUUUCUGUAGAUCAUAUUAAACCGUUAAGGGUUGAUUGGGUCAAAGUAGAAAUGCUUUCAGGAGAGUUUGACACAAGAUCAAGAGCCACAUGUACCAGGGCUGGUACUUUCAUUACGUUUUGAAGCAGCCAACAGAAACGAAGAUUGGGCUAUACAUUUAUUAAACAUCUCCCAAAAAAUUUAUUAGUGUUGUCUUCACCUUUCCACUUUGAUCAACUGUUACAUCAAGUGAGCUCAGCCAUAACAGUUGUUACAAGUUACAGCCUUUAAUGAUAGUUCUGCAUGUAGGGCUUCUAUCUAGGCACCCCUUGCAAUUGCUGGCGGCCUUGAAUAACUUUCAAGGAGAGAUGUUCUUCGGCAAAGGUUUGACUGAACUGUUAACAGAAGCAUUAAUGUUAUUUUUUUAUUGAUACAAUAUUAUUUUAGAUCGUUAUGUUAAACUGACUGCAGAGUACGUGUAGUAAUGAAAAGUGUUUUCGUCCUCUUGUUUAGAAAUGAAAAACUAGAUCUGCAGACUGCCAUGGCACUUUCUUUAAGCAAAGAGAAUCCCUCAGAGCUGCCAUCGCCAUCAUCCAAACCACAAGAACCAAAAAAGCAUAAAUCCGAAGACAGAGGCAAUAAUGGAGAGUUCACUGCAAACAUUAAUGAAACUGCAGCUGCACUCGCUCACUUUCCUGUGUUAGCUGGUUCUCAGGAAGUUUCAAGUGUAGUUGAUAAAUCAAAGGAAACCAAAAAGACUACUACAUCAUAUUCUUAUGGUCAAGCUGCAAAUGCUUCUUCUUUGCAUUCAAAAGAUGACUUUCCUUCUUUAGAGGCUUCUGCUCAAUUACAAGAACAACCUCACACCAUACCCCCUGGCUUUGCCGCAGCUGCUCGUCAGCCUCCGUUAUUAUCAGUGCCACAAAAGACUUCCCGUACGAAGCCUCCUCCAGGCUUUCAAGCCUUCUCACAAAUAGCUAAAGGAAAGGUUAAAGAAAAUAUUGCACCUGUGGAAGAUACCACUGUCUCUAAACCGGAAGUUAAGACAAGUAACAGUAAACAAGAGAGAAACCAAAUGCUUAUUGAGAAGAUUAGGGGCUUACUGGGAUAUGAUAAGACCAAGUUUGAUGAGUUCAAGGCAGUGUCUGGAAAGUUUCGUAAAGGUGAUUGUUCUGCAGCAGAGUACUAUGCACAUUGCUGCGAACUCUUUGCAACAAAUUUCUCACAGGUUUUUUUAGAACUUGUGGAUUUGUUACCUGACGAGGAGAGAAAAAAUGAACUUCUAUCAGUUCACCAGGAUGCUAAGAUCAAAGCAAAACGUGAAAGCAGUAGCAGAGGUAAAGUUGGAAAGGCAAGCAAAAAGGCCCCUGGGGUGUGGCACAGUGAAGGCACAGCAUGGAAUGUAGGAAUACAAAGUAAUGGUGUAUCUGAAAUGGAAUUUCCAUCAUUACCUGCAUCAUCUAAAAAGUCUUUACAGCCUAGUUAUAAACCCCCUAAAAGUGCCACUGUACUUAAACAAGCUUGGAUUAGAGGAAAAUAG